AUGAGAUUAAUUUCAAAAGAGAGAUCAAUUGGUUUCAUAUCAAGCAUUCUCAAUACAAAAAGUAAAAAUCGUUAUGAAGAAAUAGUGAAGUCGCUAAUUAAUUACUUGGUAGAUGCUUUUCACCCUCAUUACAGUCCUAAAACAUCCUACAGAGUUCAAAUAAUUGUUGAAGCAUGCAACAAUUUAUUGCAAAAUUUUCAAGUUGUUUCAAUUUUCUGGUAUCCUGUAAAAACACCUCAUAAGUGGGAUGACAAUUCAUCGAUUUGGAGAAUUUUAAACUAUUCGAAUUAUGAUAAUAUAUGUCAAGAAAGUAGUAUUUAUGAGAUAUGCUUUUAUGCAGAAAUUUUUACAAUAUUUUUUGGUUUUUUUGUCAUCAUACUUGCUUGACUAGCAAAAUUUUAUAUGUGAAAAAUUUCAAAACAGUUGAAAUAUUUUUCUAAAGUAACAAUAAAUAUUUUGGUUACAGCUGCUUUUAUCCCAAGUUUGAAAAUUUUGCUCAUAAUUUUUAAAUAUUCGACGUUUAACACUUCUCUAGUCCAGGAAUACCUUGGUGCAAAUAAAGAGGAUUAUAACUAUGGCUUAGCGGGAUCAAUCUUAUGUUUUGUUGGAAUUGGUUUGCUGUUUUUAAUGGUUUUUUCAUAUGAAUUGCUUAGCGCCGAUUUAAAGCAUUCAAAUGCUAAAAAGAAUAUAAGAGCAAGAUCGAAUUCUUCAUUAAAUAUACUCUGGAUUGUUUUUUGCGUUAUAGAAGUUAUGGUCUAUGUUUUUCUAGACUACAAUCAUGUAAGUUUGUAUAUAUUAUUUUUACAUUUAUUUUUGCAGUUGUUUUACUGACAAAAUUUUCCAUUUUUUUGCCUUAUUACAACUUGACAGAAAAUGCGAUUCAUGCUACUAA